AUGAGCACCAAGCCCGGCCGAAAUGUUCUCAAGAGGAGAACGUUCAAGGGCCGUCACAAGUUGACGGUCUGA